CUCUAUGAUGUACUAUCUGCCUGUUUGGUUCGAAGUAGUGGAUGGAAAUACGCCCGAGUUGAUCGGGCUCUCCUUUACUUGUCGGCAUGGUUUUAAUCGGCAUAUUUUUGUCACCUCUGAUUAAUGCCGCCGCAAGGUUCAAGGGAGUAGCCCCAACAUGCAUACUACUCUACUCUGGAUGCUUCAUUAUGAUUUCUGGAGUCAUUCUAAGGACAGUCGUCACCCGACUCACCCCGAAAAUCCUAGGCUCCUUUUAUUUACUCCUCUUAGGUGUUGGUGGAGGACUCGUAGCGCAGACUGGAUUCCUUCUGGCGCAAGCAUCCGUUUCCCCGGAAGAUUGUGCGGUAGCAAAUGCCCUUGCUGUCUUUUGGGAAACCCUGGGUGGAUCGUUUGGACUGAGUAUAUCGGGCGCGGUCAACCGCGUUGAACUUACCAAAAGAUUCAGUAAAAUUCCCUCGACGCUCAUUAACCCUGAAACUCUUGCAGCUAUCAAUCGUAAUCCCAGAUUGGUACACACGCCAGGAAUACUCAAUGAAUACACGCGGGAGCUCGUGAUAAAUGAGUUCGUCGGAAGCCUCCUCCUCACUUUCCGCGUCUGCGUAGUCUUUGCAGGCGUGAUAUUCUUGACGAGUUUGUUAGUAAAGCAUGAGGGGUUGGACGAUGCCGAGGACUCGGACAACUCAGAAUGAAAUGUCUGAUCGCUGGAAGACUGGGAUUGAAGUUGAACAAACCAUUCUCGUUUUGUAUAUAUAAACCCUACUAGUAUUAUUUAUCUACGUAGAUAUGCAUUCCUGAUCGUAAUAGACUGGUUUCA